AUGACACCAUCUUCACCUUCGACAUCAUCGUCAGUAGUAAUUAAACCUCCGUUUCCACCAAUAGUAGAUACGUUGGGAUUAAUUUCAAAGAAAUCGGUUGACGGAAGAAUUCCUGCCAGGGCACCAAAUGCGUUUAUAAUUUAUCGUAAAGUUUACGUGGAAGCAGCCAGACAACAAGGCCACUACCUACCAAUGACGGUCGUCUCAUCAAUGGCCUCCCAGUCAUGGGAACAAGAACCAGAGUUUGUUAAAUCAGAAUAUAAAAGGUUGGCAAAAGAUGCUCUGACAAUGAGAAAUGAGGUUUAUCCAAAAUCGGGCAGAAGAAAAAGAAGAGAUAAAUGGAACAUUGUUAACUUUCAACCUCCUCAAUCUUCCUCAACUUCAACUAAUGAAGAUGAAAUUUCACCUUUAUCAUUAUAUUCUUCUUCUACUUCACCACCACCUUCCUCACCAACGAGUUAUUAUUAUUCCUCUACACCUUCGUCAUCUACUUUAUCUCUAUCAUCAACUUUAUGCGGUGAAGAAGAUUACCAAAAAGAAGAUUUCAGGAAAGAAAGUUUUAAUCUGCCUCCUUCUGUUAGUGCAAAUGAUAUUUCUUUGGAAACUAGUUUGGCAAGAUAG